UUUCUUUUUUCCCCCAAUUCUCUUCCUUGUACUCAUCAAUUCUUACUUAGAUUCCCCUGUCCCCCUUAUAAAUAUCCACUCAAUCCACCCUUUCUCCAUACAAUUUCCCCUCAAUUUCUCUUCUUGUUCUUGUUUUUACCUCAAAAAUGGCAACCUUCACAAAAUUAAAACUUUUUGGUUUUGAUGUUCGAGAAGAGUUGGAAGAGGAUGAUUCAGCCAAAACUCCAACUGGGUCGUCGGAAUCCGGCGUGUUUACCCCCUCCGGUGACCGGAAAUACGAGUGUCUAUACUGUUGUCGGGAGUUUGCUAACUCGCAGGCACUUGGCGGCCAUCAGAACGCUCACAAGAAAGAAAGGAAGCAACUUAAACGUGCCCAAUUACAAGCUACACGAAGUGCUGCCGUUGCGUAUAUUAGGAAUCCGAUGAUUUCGGCGUUUUCUCCUCCGCCGCAUCUUCUUGCUGCCGGGCGGCCUCCGGCGUUUGUGCUACCUAACGGUGGUGGUGCGGGAACGUCGUCGUGGGUUUAUAUGCAGAGGACGCCGCCGCCUAUACAUGUUUCGUCACAUGGGUGUGUGUUUCCGACGGCGGUGGGGGGGAUGGGGUCGUCGUACGGCGGUGGAAUGGGAAAUUCGGUGGCAUUGACGGUGGGGUCUCGAGUGCAGGGGCGGGGCGGGGAGGGGAUGUCGUUGAAGAGAUUUACGAAGGGGGAAAAUGGGUCGGGGUUUGAUGACGGAAUUGGGUUGGAUUUGCAUUUGAGAUUGGCACCGGCGGCGCCAUGAAUCGGAAUCCCCUUUUCGAGCUCUGCAAAUCGUCUCCGCCAAAACUCGGUUGUAUCGGCCGAAACUCGGAAUCGGAAUCGGAUCGGGUGAUUUGUAUCGUAUUUAGAAAAUUUAGAAAAUAUGGAAAUUAUUAUGUACAUUUUUUAUUUAUAUUUAUAUUUAUAUUAUUAGAUCUAUUAUGUCUCUGAAAUACAUUUAUUCAUUCCU